AUGGCACCCAGCCCGUUCCUGCAGGCCUCUGGGAUGGGGCCUCUGCACUGGCUGCCCCUGCUCACGCAGCUGCUGUUACUGUGGCUUCUGGGAGCCCUGCCUGAGGUCCCCAUCAGGGUCUUCGUGGUGCCCCACAGCCACAUGGACGUGGGCUGGCUCCACACAGUCCAGGAGAGCAUGCGGGCUUAUGUCACCAAUGUCUACACCUCGGUGGUGGAGGAGCUGACCCGUGAGAAGAGGCGCACGUUCAUCGCCGUGGAGCAGGAGUUUUUCCGGCUGUGGUGGGAUGGCAUUGCCUCGGACAAGCAGAAACGCCAGGUCCGCCAGCUGCUGGCUGAAGGACGCCUGGAGUUUGUCCUCGGAGGUCAGGUCAUGCACGACGAGGCUGUGACCCACGUUGAUGACCAGAUCCUGCAGCUCACAGAAGGACAUGGGUUUCUCUACGAGACAUUUGGGGUCCGGCCGCAGUUCUCCUGGCAGGUCGACCCGUUUGGCGCAUCCUCCACGACCCCCACUCUAUUUGCCCUGGCGGGCUUCAACGCCCACGUCACCUCCCGGAUUGACUACGACCAGAAGGAGGCCAUGCAGAGGGACCAGCAGCUGCAGUUCGUGUGGCGAGGGUCCAGGUCCCUGUUGGCGCAGCAGGAAAUCUUCACACACGUCCUGGACCAGUACGGCUACUGCUCUAAAGGGUUUUCUUGGGAUGGAGAACCCAUCUUCCCAGACCCACCCAGCGAUGGGGUGUAUCCCGUGAUGGAUGUACCUGUCACGGAGGAAACCAUCUCAGACUACAUCUCUCUCCUACUCAACAAUGUAUUCGAUCGGUUCACCUGGUUCCGGACACCAUACAUCCUCUGGCCCUGGGGAUGUGACAGGCAGUUCUUCAAUGCCUCGGUGCAAUUUGCCAACAUGGACCGUCUAAUGGACUACGUCAACAAGCUCACACCCGAGCUUGGCCUCUCGAUGGAGUAUGCCACGCUGAGCGACUACUUCCGAGCCGUGUACUCUCUCCAGAUCUCCUGGCAGGUCCGAGACCACAGGGACUUCCUGCCCUAUUCCUCAGAAAUGUUUCAGUCCUGGACUGGAUUUUACACAUCCCGGAGUGGGCUUAAGGGGCUGGCGAGGCAGGCCAGUGCUCUGUUGUAUGCCGGCGAGUCCAUGUUCACACGCUACAUGUUGGCUCCCCACCGGUUCCUGGACGAGGCCUGGGCCCUGCAGCAGCUCCAGCAGCUCCGCUGGGCAGUCUCCGAGGUCCAGCACCACGACGGCAUCACGGGGACUCACACACCCAAGGUGAGUGACAUGCUGGUGGAGCACCUGAGCGCCGGGAUGCAGGGGGUGCGCGAGCUGAUGGCCUCCAUCAUCCAGGACAGGUCCCCAGCCCACGCGGGCCCAGAGCCUGGGGGGCACUUUGCCGUGGUCUACAACCCCCUGGCCUGGACGGUCACCACCAUCAUCACCCUGACCGUGAACUUCUCCGAGGUCAGCGUCACAGAUGAGUCAGGCCACCCCGUGCCUGCGCAGGUCCAGAACUCAAAGGAGUCGCCGUCUGCAUAUGACUUGCAUGUCCUGACCACAAUCCCAGGACUAAGCUAUAAGCACUACAUCAUCAAGCCCAUCAGGAGGGCCCAGGAGGACACUCAGCAGCCUGUGGCCAGUGUGGCCAGCACCAGUCAGUUUGGCCGCAGACUCAGGAGACAUGCUGGGAGAGUACGCAGGCACCUGGUGUCUGUUAAGAAUGACUGCUACACCGUCUUCCUGGAUAAGGAAUCCAACCUGAUGCACAGUAUCUGGGAGAGGCAGAGUAAGCGAACCUCACAUGUGACCCAGGAGUUCAUGGAGUAUGAUGUGAAUGGAGAUGUGUAUCAUGGCUCCAUUUCAGAUAAUUAUGUGUUUACACCCAAUGGUAAUGCAAAGCCAGCGUGGGAGGCUGUGGGAAUGGAGAUCGUGGAGGGGCAGCUCCUGACCGAGAUCCGGCAGUACUUCUACAGGAAGGCGGAUGACAGGGCUCCCACACACGCCAUCUUCUCCCGGCUGGCGCGCGGGCCGCAGGGCCCUGCCGGGGAGCUGCUCUGCCACCGUGUAGAGCAGGAGUACCAGGUGGGCCCCUUGGCACUGAACCGCGAGGCCAUCCUGAGGACCAGCACCAACCUGAACACUGGGCAGGUCCUCUACUCGGACAACAACGGCUACCAGAUGCAGCGCAGGCCCUACAGGCAUGACGUGCUGAACACCAUCUCUCGGAAUUACUACCCCAUGGUUCAGUCGGCCUUCAUCCAGGGCAGGCGAAGCAGGCUCGUGCUGCUGUCCGAGCAGGCGCACGGCGUCUCCAGCCAAGGGAACGGGCAGGUGGAGGUCAUGCUGCACCGGCGGCUGUCGGCCAACCUCACCUGGGACCCGGAUGACAACCUCACACUGAACGACCCAUCGGUUGUCCACCCCGUACUGUGGCUCCUGCUGGGACCCCGGGCACUCACCACGGGCCUGCGCCAGAGGAGUGGGCUGGCGCUGCAGCACAGGCCGCUAGUGCUGCUAAGAGAGCUGAGCGAGACAGCCCAGAGUGGCCCAGGACCCUGGCAGCAGGAGGCUGUGACACUGCCCCCAAGUCUUCACCUGCAGACCCUCAGCAUCCCCGGCUGGACGUACAGCUCGAACCACACAGCGCACCAGCGGCGUCUCCAGAAAGGCCAUCAAGGAGAGGCCAAGGCAGACCUCCGCCGUGUCCUGCUGCGGCUCCACCACCUGUAUGAGGUGGGCCAGGAUCCUGUCCUGUCUCAGCCUGUGACGGUGAACCUGCAGGCCGUGCUGCGGGGCUUGGGAUCCGUGGCGUCCGUGGAGGAGCGCUCGCUCACAGGGACCUGGGACGUGAGAGAGCUCCACCGCUGGAGCUGGAGGACGCAGGAGUCUCACCACGUCAGAGGCAAGUCCAGUCGUCCCUCGCCACCCCCACGAGCCCCCAGCGUCUCCAUCCACCAACAGGAGGCCCCAACGUCAGCAUCCACCACCAUCACCAUCCACCCGAAGGAAAUCCGGACGUUCUUCAUUCACUUUGAAGAGCAGUGA